CCCGCGUUGCCGUUUCGCAGUCAUCAUCCGUAGCCGGUUGCUCUGCUUUGGACCGAACAGUCGACCAAACCUCAUCAUGAACGUCUUGGUGUGUGGUACUCUGCUAAGCACCUUGGUUGCCGGUGCCUUUGGCGGAUUCAUCGGAGGAGGUGGAGGUGGCCUGGGCGGUGGUCUUAGCGGAGGCCUUAGUGGUGGAUACGUUGCUGGCGGAGGUCUCGGAGGCUACGGAGGAGGCUAUGGCGGAGGCUACGGUGGAGGCUACGGUGGAGGCUACGGUGCAGGUCUGGGAGGCGCUGUCGGUUUUGGAGGCGUUGGUGCCGGAGGCCUCGGAGGAGCUGGUGGCAAUGUCGGAGUCGGAAGCAGCGUAGUCCUACUGAACAGUGGCAGAGCGGGCGCUGGCAAGUCCGUCGCUGGACCAGCCUUCCUGGUCCGUACUGUGCACCACGUGUCUCAGAUUCAAGGCGGCGGAGCCGUUGUAGCUCACUCUGGUCUCGGCGGUGUCGAUGGAGGCGUUGGUGGAGGCGUUGGAGGUGCCGGUCUCGGUGUUGGUCUCGGCGGUGGUCUCGGCGGUGGUGUCGGAGUAGUCGGCGGUGGUGUUACCUACGCUGGCACGGGAUACGGAGGUCUGGGAGGAGGAUAUGGUGGUUACGGUGGUUCUGGAGUUUAUGGUGGUUACGGAGGCUACGGAGGCUACGGCGGCACCGGAGGAGUGGUCGGCAAAGUUGUAGUCCUCAAGCAGCACAAAUGAGCGUUCACUUGAAACGAAUUCAAGAUUCAGUA